AUGGCGGAGGCGCUGCGGGACCUGGCGGCGCUGCUGGGCCCUGAGGCGGGCCCGGGCCCGGGGGCGGCGGCGGCGCGGGCGGGGGCGGCGGAGGCGGCGCUGUCGCUGUCGGGCUCCGCCGAGGGCCGGCGGCUGCUGGCGGCUCACCCCGCGGUGCUGGAGGCGCUGCUGGGGCUGGCGGCGGGGCCUAGGCCGUGCCCGGCGGCGGGGCGCUGCCUCCUCAACGUGGCCGCCGAGCCCCAGGCCCGGGGCCCGCUGCUGGCGGCGCUGCCGGCGCUGCUGGGGCUGCUGCCGGCCGGCCCGGCCUGCGGGACGCUCGCCAACCUGUGCCGGGACCCCCCCGGGGCGCGCCGGGUGCUGCGAGGCCUGGAGGAGAGCGGCCGGGGGCUGGAGCCGCUGCUCGGGGCGCUGGGCGAGCCCCGGCCGCCCCCGGAGCUGGGGCCGCUGCUCUGCAACCUCAGCCAGGUGCCCGAGGGGCGCAGGGCGCUCCUGGACCGCUCCCGGUGCUCGCUGCAGCGGCUGCUGCCCUUCACGCAGUACCGGGACUCCGUCGGACACCGGCGAGGCAUCGUGGGUGCGCUCCGCAACUGCUGCUUCGAGCACGAGCACCACGAGUGGCUGCUGGGCGAUGAGGUGGACAUCCUGCCCUUCCUGCUCCUGCCUCUCGCGGGCCCCGAGGAGUUCCCCGAGGAUGAGAUGGAAAGGCUGCCCGUGGACCUGCAGUACCUGCCGCCGGACAAGCAGCGGGAGGAAGAGCCCGACAUCCGCAAGAUGCUGCUGGAAGCCAUCAUGCUGCUCACAGCCACAAAGGCGGGCCGGCACGCCGUCAGGGAGAAGGGCACCUACCUGGUGCUGCGGGAGCUGCACUGCUGGGAGCAGGAGCCCGACGUGCUGGCUGCCUGCGAGAAGCUCAUUCAGGUGCUGAUUGGGGAUGAGCCCGGCCCGGGGAUGGAGAACCUGCUGGAGGUGAGCAUCCCCGAGGAGGUGGAGCAGCAGCUGCAGCGCCUGGACCGGGAGGAGGAGGAGCGGUGGCAGCGGGAGCGGGGGGAGCGGCGCCAGGAGCAGGAACAGGACAAGAAGCAGGAGCAGGACGAGGCACAGGAGCAGGACAAGGCACGGGAACAGGACCAGGAGCCGUGGCGGUGACGGGGCCGCUGUGCUCAGCCCCCCCAUGUGGACAGGACCCCCCAGGACUGCAGCCCCCCCGGGGCACCCCAGGACUGCAGCCCCCAGCCCCAUGGUGCUGGGGAGGGGCCGUUGGGGCGCUGUGGGCUGAGCUCAGCCCCCCUGUAUAACAAAAAGGUCAAUAAAUUGGUGUCCGGCCCCGUCC